UUGUGACAUGAAAGCUCUCAGACCAUCCAAUCCAUACGCUUGUCAUCAGGAGUUGAUAUAAACAUCCAAAUGUCACCAACACUAAUAGUAGUAACAGUAAUCGUAUUAGCAUUAGGCAGAUAAAGUUCAUAGUGGAAAUCAAAAUGGACCCAAAGAUUUUGGUGCCGUACAUGAACAGCAAGGACUGUUCCCAAGGUUUUUGCAGCAUAUACUGCCCGCAAUGGUGUUAUAUCAUCUUUCCUCCUCCUCCUCCAUCGUUUGAAUUCUCUAAUGACAAUCCAAGUCCCAAUUUAUCCCCUCUAGUUAUCACGAUCAUCGGAAUUUUGGCCAGUGCUUUCCUCCUGGUAAGUUAUUAUGCUAUAAUAUCCAACUACUGUGGGGAUGUGGACUCAUCAAACCAUGAGCCAAGCCAGGAUUUAGAAGAGAACAAUCAUAGCCCUUCAUCAUCUCUCCAUCAGCCAUGGCAGCCUGCAAAUACUGGCGUAGAUGAGGCUAUCAUUAAAUCCAUUACGCUGUGCAAGUACAGAAAGGGAGAUGGUCUGAUUGAAGGAACAGAGUGCUCUGUUUGUCUCAGCGAAUUCGAAGAAGACGAAAACUUAAGACUGAUGCCGAAGUGCAAUCAUGCUUUCCAUGUGCAGUGUAUUGAUACAUGGCUUAAAUCUCACUCCAAUUGCCCUCUUUGUCGCGCUAAUAUAAUCUUACUUGCUGCUUCACCAUCUCGGUUUCCUACUCAAAAUGAAACUAAUACUGAAGGCAAUGAUGGAAGGCAUGUGAAUAUAAUAGAGGAAAUAGAAGUAGUACGUGUUUAUCGUGAUGUUGGUCCAUUGCCAAAGACACCAGUAAUCGGUUUUAGCAACUCGGGGAGUUUGCAGAAUAGAAAUCACACAAUAAUUGAGAUAAGAUCAGAAGGAGAAUGUGAAAAGGUUACAAGAUGAUUUUCUAUGGAUCAUUCAGGCCAAAGCAACAAAGUUGAAGAUAUUGCAGUGGUUGAAGAAUAUAGUGGUACUAUUGCCGGACCAUCAAACCAAACAAGUAGAGAAGCAUGUAAUCUGGUCACGAAAAAUGAGUACCGCUCUGCGUAGCGAGCCCGCAUGUCUAUGAAGAGAUCGUUUUCCGGUGGGACAUUUUUAUGCUGCUAGUUUUGCAAGAAACAGUCUUGAAUUCUACUUUAUGCUUUCUUUUUGCAUCCUAAACCUUUGAGGUUAGUAAAUACUAGUAACUAGAGUAUAAUUGUCAACUAAAAGAUGAGAAGUCUAUCCCUUAGAUAUAUACAUAAUUACAUACAGAUAUACAUAUAUAAAUGUCUUGGAGUCAUAUUUAAUUUUGUUUGCAAACUUGCUGCAAUAUUUAGCAGCAAGUCCUCUGCAGUCAUCAUCGAUGCUCGUUGAUGCAACACGAAAAUGAAAAGGGUAUAAUUUUAUUUCGUUA